UGAAUUUAUUAACACUUGCAGUGGCUUUAUUUGUCGAAACAAACGUUGGACAAUUGGAAAAUGAUGACAAUUAUUACUGCAGUGCUGAGCUCACGUGCAUAGACCUUUAUACUAAUGAACUGAAAAAACAUGUUAUGUGUACCAAUGGACUAAAAUUCGGACGAAAUUGUCAAAAUGCAUCACAUGUUCCGAUAACUCGUGAAAUCCGGGAAUUAUUUUUAAAUGAACAUAACGCAAAACGAAGUUUGGUUGCUAAAGGUCGGUUUUUUUGGAAUUCAGCAGCGACCAGAAUGGCAACUGUUGUUUGGGACGAUGAAUUAGAAAUGCUCGCACUCGCGAAUGUUCUUCAAUGUCAAAUGGAUCACGAUCAGUGUCGUAAAACAAAGCGUUUUCCAUUCGCCGGUCAAAAUCUUUACAAACUGUGGACAUCGGAUAAAGAUGCUAUAAACGAUGAUUAUAUAAUGCGUGGGGUCAAAACAUCAAUGGAUAUCUGGUUUCAAGAAUAUAAACUUGUCAAAAACAUUUCGUGGAUUCAGGCAUUCGGUAGUAAUAGUGCCCCUUGGUGGGAAAUUGGUCAUUUCACACAAAUGAUUUGGGGUGAUUCAGCCGCCAUUGGAUGUGCCAUUGCUCAAAAUCAGGCCGAUGUUUAUAUUGCAUGCAAUUACGCCAAAACGAACAUGAUGGGCUCAUCCGUAUAUGAAAAUGGUACAAUGGGCUCAAAGUGUCAGAUGGGAAUGAACCGCGAAUAUCCCGGUCUUUGUAAUGUAAAUGAAUUUAUCAAGGUAUUAUCUAUAAGCGAAGCACCACCAGUGACCAAAUGGAUUCACAACGGAAAAACAAUCGAUGAAAGCACAUCGAAGAAAUCGACAAUAAAUGUGACAAACGAAUCAAUUCAAAAGGCAAAGCACAAUCAAAACUCCAGUAGAAGUAACAAAAACGUUAAUAUAUUGGCCCAUAUAAUAAUUUUAGCGCUGAAUACUGUCAUUGCAAAAAUACUAAUCGCUUAACGGUUAAAAAUUCAUUGAAGUUUGAAUUUAAUUUCAGAAUUUUUUUUUAUUCUCCUUAGAUUGCUUAUCAAAAGUAUAAACAAGUCAACCAAAACCCUUUGCAAAAAAAAACAAUAAAUAAAUGCAUUCAGAA